CCGAGUUCGGAACGCUAGCGCUACGGCAGCGUUUUAGCCACGCUUCUUAUUUUCUCCUAUAACAAAAUCGGUCAGUGGUGUAUGAAAACAACAAUAAUUUCCUAGCAAUUGCUUGUGGUUUCCGGUGAUAAUUAAAUGGCACAUGCAGAAACCUUCAAACAGAAAAACUGUGACCGUGAAUAUCCCAGCAACCUGAUUCCGUAUCCAAUUCAAAAGACAACGCGCCUCGCAUAAAUAAUUGAGUAAUUUUCAUGCCGCUCAGCCUCAGCCGGAAUUUAACAGUUCCCCUUUAUUAGUGGCUCACCGUAAAAUGAAACUGAAAAAAAGAUAGUACCCAACAAAAAGUCAUUAUCAUUAUCAGCAAAAAUUGCGCAUCCGACAAUCAAAGAUAAACAUCCGUAUCAAUACGAUCCAUUUCGAAAGGAUCUCGAACGAUCUCGCCUCCCAAACAUGCCCGGCACCUCGUAUCCCACGAAUAAUGAUAAUUUCAGCAACGGAUUCCCGAUGGCCACCACACAAAGUGAACGACUGCUUCAGGCCCAGAAUCGAAGGAAGUUCAGUUUUCCCGCCACCCUCCAUUCAGCCUCCUUGUUGGAAGUGGGCGGAGGCCAGCGGGAGACGACAAGGCGGAGGCUAAGCAAUGUCAGCGAUGUGGUCACCCGGAAGUUGUCCUACACGAUUGGCUGGAAGGCGGCGCAGAUUCCAGCACAAGACAUCAUUACACAGGGUCGUUGUCUCUGCGGUCACUACAUAAAGCGACGCUUGAGAAGAUCGGGGCUGUUUAAUAAAAAACUGGGUCUCCAGCGGAUUCGAAGCAUUCUUGGAUCAACUUCCAUGGGCAUUGUAAGAGAUGUCUUUCCAGCCGUUCAAGUGCUAGGCGAUGAACUGGAACGUAUGCAUCCGCGGGUCUACAAUGGAGUUGCUCGUCAGAUCUGCCGCAAUCCUGGCGGAGAGUUCAAUACCCCGGAUGCCGUGAGUCUUUUGCUGGGUGCCGUCGGUCGAGAGCUCUUCCGGAUGGAGAUAACCUGGAGCAAGGUUAUAUCGCUGUUUGCCAUAGCCGGUGGCCUAUCCGUCGAUUGUGUGCGCCAGGGGCAUCCGGAGUACCUGCCAAAGCUAAUGGAGAGUGUUUCCGAGGUGAUCGAAGAUGAGCUGGUGCCUUGGAUCAAUGAAAACGGUGGAUGGAGUGGCAUAAAUACCCAUGUUCUCCCCACCUCCAAUAGCCUGAAUCCCUUGGAAUGGACAACUCUAGUAAUUGGUGUUGUAUUUGGCUUGAUCCUAUUUUUUAUGAUCUUGCGUUUUAUAAUAAGCACGAUAGUACCGAAAAUAUACCAACGAUUUACCAACUGAA